GUUCCCCAGGCCGCGGCCGCGCCCGCAGGUUUGAUGCUGCGUCUGACGGAGCGGAACAUGAAGCUGCUCGUCGUGGCCGCCUUCGUCUUGGGCUCCGUGCUCUUCUUGCUCUUGCCGGGAUUCUCCGCAGCUGACGAGAAGAAGAAGGGACCCAAAGUCACCGCCAAGGUAUAUUUUGAUCUACGAAUUGGUGAUGAAGAUGUAGGCCGAGUUGUCAUCGGUCUCUUUGGGAAGACAACUCCAAAGACAGUGGACAAUUUUGUGGCUUUGGCCACAGGAGAAAAAGGAUUUGGCUUUAAGGGCAGCAAAUUUCAUCGUGUGAUCAAGGACUUCAUGAUUCAAGGUGGAGACUUCACCCGGGGUGAUGGCACAGGAGGAAAGAGCAUCUAUGGCGAUCGCUUCCCUGAUGAGAACUUCAAGCUGAAGCACUAUGGGCCGGGCUGGGUGAGCAUGGCCAAUGCUGGCAAGGACACCAAUGGCUCUCAGUUCUUCAUCACCACUGUCAAAACACCAUGGCUGGAUGGCAAACAUGUGGUGUUUGGCAAAGUUCUAGAAGGAAUGGAUGUGGUACGAAAGGUGGAAAACACCAAGACAGAUGGGCGGGACAAGCCCCUGAAGGAUGUGACAAUAGCUGACUGUGGCACAAUUGAAGUGGAGAAGCCUUUUGCCAUUGCCAAGGAGUAGGGUCCCCUGGAGACCUGCUAUAUAGGCUGUGCAGGAAGCUGUCCCCUCUCUGGGGACUGAAGCCUGGUCUGGUCCCUGUUCCAGCCCUGGGCUCCUAGUACAGCCCGUGGUGCUGACAUCUGACUGAGCUGACCCAGAAUCCAUCCUCACAUUCCCCAGCCCCUCAGGCCCAGUUUUGUAAAGAAACACAUGCCAAUAAAGAAGAAAACUUUUUUUUUUUUUUA